CGGGCGUGAGGGGCAGGGUCCCCUCCUCCCCAGGCGGCGGCGGCAGGGUCUCGGUGGAGACCCUGGGCCCUUCUGCGUGCCGGAGGCCUCUGCCCUUCAAGCUGAGCAAGCAGGGCUGCCAUAUGGGCAAAGGAGACCAAACUUCCGAGGCCUUGUAGGUCUUUACUUACCUUGUUUCUGUGAAGAGCUUUAUUGAGACAUAACUUACAUGCCAUAAAGCACCACAGAGUUCACGUAUGCGUCUUUGUGAAAACUGUCCCGAGAAAGGAAACCAAAGCACACCGAAGACAGCGAGGAACUCGCUCAGAAGUCCUCGGCUGACUUUGGGCGUCAGGGCAGCCUCGUCAGGAGAUUGAUGGUUUCCAGGUUGAAUCCUCCUGGCUUUCGGGGUCCCCUGGAGAGGAAGAUGUCCAGGCCACCAGCUCGGCGCCCUCCUGUGCAGGCUCCACUCUCCCUGGGCCUCUCCCUUUUGCCGCUGUUGCCCCCUUGUGUGGCUGGGAGGGAGCCCUGACCUUGGGGCCACUGGUCAGCCUUACAGGAUGGCGGUGAUGUUGCAGCCAGGAGAGGGCCUGGCACGGUGGGCGGGCAGGCCCCUACCCAGCGCCCUGCAGUGGAGGUCAGUGUGGGGACCCAGCACUGGGUAGAGUCUAGGUUCCAAGAGGGUUGACCAGGUGUGGUAGGCUUCCGGCUCAGGUGUGAGUUGGCAUGUGCCCUCUACCCCCAUCCUACCCUCGGCCACACCGCCAUAAAGCAGAGCCUGCCAGACCCAGGAGGGUCUCCGGUGGCCAAGGUGCCCAGGCUUCAGAAGUGGGGAUGGAUGUAGGGGGUCAGGGCUUUGGGCCACACCCUGCUGCCUCCCAGUGCUCCAGCCCGCUAGUCUGUCCAGUUUGGAACCCUUGGCUUUGUGAGCAGGCCUAGUGGGUUGGUUGGGAGAUGGUUUUUCUGGGAACUCCAUCAGCUCUUGGUCUGGGCGGCAGUUUCUGGCUUCCUAAUUUUUAGAGGGAUGAAUGAGAGAGAAUGGCUGUCUUAUCCUGCUCUGCAAUCAUGACAAAAUACCACUGAAGGGGGCUUAACGGUUUUCUCACAGUUCUGGAGACGGAAGAGGCAAGAUCAAGGUGCUGGCUGAUUUGGUUGCUGGUGAGGGGUCUUUCUUCCCGGCCUCCAGGCAGCUGCCUUCUCACUGUAUCCUCACCGGGCCGCUCUCCCGGGUCUCUUCCCAGGAAGGCUCUGAUCCCAUCCUGGGGCACAGCCUCAUGACCUCACCCAACCCUCACCAUCUCCCAAAGUCCCCGCCUCCUAAUUUCACCCCCACUGGGGUUAGGGCUUCAAACUGUGAGGGGACACAGUUCAGUCCAUAGCUGUUCCUGGAAGGGGACAGCUGCCUGGGCUGGGCAGGCGGGAGCUGUGGCCUGCCACUCAGCCCGCACUCUCCGGUGUCCUCAGGUCUGUCCUGCCAGGGGCACCCAGCAAACCGUUUCCUGUGCUGACACCCCAUCCAGCAAGAGCACCUUGACACGUUCCCUGGGGGUCCCUAAUGCAGGUGGGGCUCUCCCUGCCCUGUGAGCAGGUGCAUUCUCUGGUGAACCCGACAAGAUCGGUCCUCACGGGGGUCAGGGAUUCCCUCGGGUCUGGAGCUCGUUUUCCUAGAAGCGUGUGGGUGUCAUCUGCGUGGAGCCAGAUAAGGGUGGCGUCCCUCUCUGUGGACGAGUCUCCUGAAACCAGGUGGCUGGUUCUCUUCAUGCCCCAGCAGAGGGAAGCUGAGGUGACAUCUCAGUGUGGCACGCCUCGUGCUGCUCGUGGGAUGGCUGGGUGGCUGCUCUAACCACCUCACCCUAAAGGCAGGAGCUAAGAGCCUGGCGGGUUGGAACGACUUGCCCGAGGCUGCGCCGCGCCAAGCAGCAGCCUGAGAUCUGGCCAACCCUGUAGCCGUCCCCCGCAGCACGGGUGCUGGCAGCCGCCUAGAGGACUGGCCUCGGUGGCCAGGCUCGGGAGGCCUCUCCCCUCCCGCCGCUGAGCCUGGUGCCUCCCCCCCAGGCCGUGCUCCGUGGACCGUCCGGCUCAGCAGUGACACCUGUUGGGGGCGGUGAGCACCUGGACCGGGCAGAAGGGUCUGCUUCGUGCCGGGCUCCCCAGGGUCUCGGCGGUGGUGGCCGCGGCGGGGCCAGGUUGCCGGGCGGAAGCCUGGUUCCGGCCUCCCUGGGGCUGUGCUGGCUGGUGGGAGCUGGGCGCUGGAGCCUGGAUUUAGGAGGGGGCACAUCGAUCUCCCCGCGAGGGUGUUAGCCUGGGGUCUGCUGGUCGCUGCAGCCUGUGGUGGUGUGAUGAGCUGCCAGGACCCGUCGUCCAGAGAUUUUGUGGCCAGAAACACAGCCUGCGGGUGUGGGAGAUGGAGGCCGGGCCCAGGGUUCUAUGGCGUUGGGCCCUUUGCUCCCCUCCCGUAAAUAUUUAGAGAGGCUCGGGUCCCAGCCGUAAAUAUUUGAAAGUGCAUCAUGGUGAGCGGGGCUCCCUAGGGGAGGAGGGAUUGAUGACCCACUGAACUUACUGAUACGUCCUACAAGGGUAUCAGCAGGGGCCCUGGCUGAGGUUGCAGGAAACCAGGAUAUUGGGAAGUGUGUGCAUGUGAUAACAUCAGAGAGACGCUUCUCAGAAUCACGGGCUCUUGGCCCUGAAGGGGCCUCGGUGGCCUUCCUGCCUGACCCCUCCCAGGCCAGGCGCCCACCCCAGCGAGAUCGAGGGGACCUGGGUCCUGGUGCUGCGGUUGGUGGCCCCGCCAUCUCGGGGCUCAAGGCUCGUCUGCCCCCUGGGGACAGAGGUGCCUUGCAUCAGUGGAGCGCUUUCGUCUGUGAAGUGGGAAGGAGGCGGCCCCGGGAGUGGUGAGGCCGGGUGAGCCGCUGCCCGUGGGGACCGGGCGCCCCCGGCGCUGCUGCUCCUUCCCCGAUGGCGGGGCGCCCGGGGGCCCAGGCCGGGCUCAGACCCCAGAGCCGGCUCCCCUGCCCCGUGCAGAGGCCACGGCUCUGCCUGCCACCCUUCUCUGCUGGCGGGCCUGCCCCCUUUUGGUCCUGAGCCAGUUUCUCUUCCAGACCCUUCCCCCAGCCUCAUUUCUUCCAGAAGGCACAGCCGUCCUGGGAUGGGCUGCCCUGCGCUGAGCCACUUGCCCGAGCCGGUCCUCCCGGCCGCAGGCGAGGAAGCGGAGCUCCCAGCGGGCCGGGAACAGAGCCCGGGUUAGGGUUGGGCUCAGGGUCACGGGGUGCAAGAGGGAAGGACCUUGACCUAGCGUCGUGUUUAUUUAUUAUUUGUUUUUCCUCUUUGUUGUGAAAGUGCAACAGUGAAACUGACAGGCGCCCCAGGGGUGUCCCACUGCCCGCAUGGGGCCUCCUGGCACAUCCCAUCAGUUCACGUGUGACAGACACGGACUCUAAAAACCCACGAUACGGCGCCCACGACUGAAACCAAAUUAGAGUCGUUCCUCACGGGACGGUCUCCAGUCACCUGUCAGGUUCUCCCGCGGGCCCCUCCUGCGGGUGCCAAGCCCCCUGUCCUUUGGCGGCCAGACCCCGGCUCUGUACUCAGAGCUGGAACCGGAGGCUCUGUCAGACUCUGGUUUGAGUUUCUGGCAGGAUUUUAGGAGGUUCGGGUGACGUCCGUGUGGCAGAUGUCCAGGACAACGUGUCCCGGGCCCAGCGCGGAUCUUCUCUCUGAAGAAGUCUCGGUUCUCAGUGAGGCCGACACACACCUGUGCUGUUCGCCGUCCCUCCCCCUCCUCCUCCUGAGUCUGUGCCGACGCCUGUGUGAUGCUGCUGGUGACACGUAUCGUCACCACAUGUGGCUCCUGAAAGCGGGGCUGCAGCCGCACCGCCUUCCGCGCCAGCCCAGCACACAGGCUUCACUGGUCGCCGCCGGCAGCCGCCGCCCCGCCAUGGAAGGGCAGGAGGAGCAGCCCCCUCGCGAGGCCAACACAGAGCCCAUCGUGACUUCAGGGGGUUCGGAGGUGGUGCCCAGGGUGCUCCCCGGAGAGCCCCAGAACCUGUCCGACGUGGACGCUUUCAACCUGCUCCUGGAGAUGAAGCUGAAGAGGCGGCAAGAGCGGCCCAACCUGCCGCGCACGGUGACCGAGCUGGUGGCCGAGGACGGGAGCCGCGUGUACGUGGUGGGCACGGCCCACUUCAGCGACGACAGCAAGAAGGACGUGGUGAAGACCAUCCGGGAGGUGCAGCCCGACGUGGUGGUGGUGGAGCUGUGCCAGUACCGCGUGUCCAUGCUGAAGAUGGACGAGCGCACGCUGCUGCGUGAGGCCAAGGAGAUCAGCCUGGAGAAGCUGCAGCAGGCCGUCAGGCAGAACGGGGUCAUGUCGGGACUCAUGCAGAUGCUGCUGCUGAAGGUGUCCGCCCACAUCACUGAGCAGCUGGGCGUGGCCCCCGGCGGCGAGUUCAGGGAGGCUUUCAAGGAGGCCAGCAAGGUGCCUUUCUGCAAGUUCCACCUGGGCGACCGGCCUAUCCCCGUCACCUUCAAGAGGGCCAUCGCCGCCCUCUCCUUCUGGCAGAAGAUCAAGCUGGCCUGGGGCCUGUGUUUCCUGUCGGACCCUAUCAGCAAGGAUGAUGUAGAGCGGUGCAAGCAGAAGGACCUGCUGGAGCAGAUGAUGGCCGAGAUGAUCGGCGAGUUCCCCGACCUGCACCGCACCAUCGUGUCUGAGCGGGACAUCUACCUGACCUACAUGCUGAGGCAGGCGGCCCGGCGCCUGGAGCUGCCUCGCGCCUCCGACGCCGAGCCCAGGAAGUGCGUCCCCUCCGUGGUGGUGGGCGUCGUGGGCAUGGGCCACGUCCCUGGCAUCGAGAAGAACUGGACCACCGACCUCAACAUCCAGGAGAUAAUGACUGUCCCCCCGCCGUCCAUCUCAAGCAGAGUGUCCUGGCUGGCCGUGAAGGCCACCUUCUUGGGCCUCCUGGGCUACGGCCUGUACUGGAUGGGGCGCCGUGCCAGCAGCCUGGUCUUGUCACUGCCUGCCGCCCAGUACUGCCUGCAGAGGGCCUCCGAGGCCUGGCCACACAAGUAGGAAGGACAGAGCGAGCCACCACGUCCGUCCAAGGGGCUGCCCGCGGCUGCUCCUGUGACACGGCCGAGGGGCACGGGGGGCCGGCCCCCUGAGGAGCUCCGGGGUGCCACCCCCCAUGGGGGUCCGGCCUAGCCUCGCCUGCCCUCUCCCAACCGCCCAAAUAAAGAAUUAUUUCACUGUCUGAGCUCGGGCUUCCCAGCAGCCCCCCUCCACCCUCUCCCUGCGGGCCGCUAGGAAGUUCACCGGCCCGGGGUGAGCUGGCGGGGGAGGGGUGAGGCGCGGUGGGCCGCAGCCGGCCAGCCCCUACCUCACUGUGCCUUCUCUCCGCGUCGCAGGGGGCACCUCGCGGGGGUGCCGGGCCAGCACGCUGGCGAAGGGCAGCUUGGCCCGUGCAGCCCUUCGGGUGGCUCCUUGGCGCCCCCUGAGGGGGCGGUGGCCCCGGGUGAGCGCCAGCAACAGCUGUGCCUACAGAGGUUGUGUGUUUCUGGCUCUUAAAAGUGUCUGAAACUUUUCUACUCAGGUAAUUUUAACUUAAAACAAACUGAAAUAAAUGUCAGGAAAUACUAGCCUUAAAUCUGGUUGGGGCAGAGAACAUCUUUCUCUUGGAGUCUCGGUCCCAGGAAGACGGGGGCGGCGAGGGUCAGUAUCGGCCAUGGGCAGCCAGGCUGGCCUCCAACUGCUGCCCGUCCGGCUGCCCCCGUGGUCUACCUCCAGCCGUGGGGGGCCCAGGGCCGCCACCGUCUCGGGGUGGAGCCUGCCUGGCCCGCGGGCGGUUGAACCUGCUUCCUGUGCAGCUGGUGGUGGGACCUGGGGGGUCACCCCGACCCUCAGUGGAUGGGUGGCAGUUGUCCACCAGGGCCCGCCAGUUUGCACAGGAACCGCCUUGGGUGCAGCUGGGCCCAAGGUCGAGCUGGCCCCACACAGCACUUGACCCCGGUCAUUACCUGUUUGCGUCGUGUCCUGGUCACCUGUUUUCGACGUAGCAUCUGUGCAUCCCAUCAGGGGCCCAGGGCCACGUUUGGUUGUAUCUGUGUUGACUCAGUGUCUAAAUCAGGUGAAACCCACGGCCACAAUCUGGGCCGGGGAGCCUUGGGCUGGGCCAUGUCCUUGUCAUUCACACGCUCGUGUACACGUCCCUUAGAGACUGAAAUAAAAUCUAAUUUUGGAA